AUGGAGUUUGAAGAUCCAAGUCCUGAUGGCUGUGUGACCAUGGCCACGUUACAAAACUUCAGCUCCCUCAACGGACAAACUACAGAUGCCUCCAUCUGGCGUUUAAAACUCUGGGUGGAAAUAAGAUUUUCUGGAAGGAGGAGGAGACAGCUUGGAGACACUCUCCUUUUGUGUUCGUCUUGCCUUUCAGUUUUCCUGUCCCAGUUCAAGCUUCUGUGGAACCGAGACUCUUGGACAGACUCAGGGGCCGAGGGUGAUGGUCGUGGCGCUCUUCUUGCCGAGGAGACGCCGCCAUCCGGGCCGGGCAGUGCCAGGCCCCCUCCGGGGAGCGGCCACAGUGACGCCACCAGCCAGGUGGGGCUGGGAACUCGGCUGGACGAAGACGGGGAUUUGGACGUGGAGAGGAGACCACCGACUGCUUCGGACCCCAAGCCAGCAGGGCCUCCGAGAGACAAGGUACAUCCCACGAUUCUAACGCAGGAGGAAGAGGACCCACUGGCAGAUGGAGCACGAGAGAGCAGCCCCCGGGAUAUCGUCAGAAUAGAGCACACCAUGGCCACCCCCCUGGAGGAUGUUGGCAAGCAGGUGUGGCGGGGCGCCCUGCUCCUGGCAGACUACAUCCUCUUUCAGCGGGACCUCUUCCAGGGCCGCACCGUGCUGGAGCUCGGGGCGGGCACGGGGCUGGCCAGCAUCAUCGCAGCCACCGUGGCACGCACGGUAUAUUGUACAGAUGUCGGCGCAGAUCUCCUGGCCAUGUGCCAGCGAAAUAUUGCCCUCAACGGCCACCUGACUGCCGCUGGAGGCGGUGUGGUUAAGGUCAAAGAACUGGACUGGCUCCGCGACGACCUGUGCACAGACCCGGAGGUCCCCUUCAGCUGGUCGCAGGAGGAUGUCUCUGACCUGUACAGCCACACCACCAUCCUGCUUGCGGCUGAAGUGUUUUACGACGAUGACCUAACCGACGCUCUGUUUGAAACCCUGUCCCGCCUCGCUCACAAGCUGCAGAACGCCUGCACGGCCAUUCUGUCUGUGGAGAAGCGGCUGAACUUCACACUCAGACACCUGGACGUCACAUGCGAGGCGUACGACCACUUCCGCUCCUGGCUGCGGCGGCUGGAGGGGCUGGCUGACGGCCGGCUGCGCUUCGCGGUGGAACGGGUGGAGGCCUCCUUCCCGCAGCUCCUGGUUUACGAGCGCAUCCAGCAGCUGGAGCUCUGGAAGAUCUUUGUGGAACCGGUGAUGUGACCCACCGCAUCCCCAAGCACGGCUUCUCGACUGUUCUUAGAGUACAUCUCUAAUAAAAUCAAAAGCUCACAAAGUGAUGUGCUUGAGAU